GCGCAGAGCCCGGGCGCCCAGAGUUUCGGAGUUCCUGAGUUCAAAUCUGGUUCCUAAGAAACAUCAAAGGAAGCCUGCACCAGAGGCCUCCCAGGGUCUUCUUGGAAAUUGGACUCCAUCCACUGUGUGAGACGGAAUGGCACUCCCCACUAGUGUGCUCUCCUCUUUACUGCUGCUGGCCACUGUUGCAGGUUGUGCCUGUGGCCUGUGCAGUGAGGGGAGGACAUUCACCAAUGCCGUCAUUUCACCAAACCUGGAAACUACCCGAAUCGCAUGGGUGCCUCAGAUCAGCCCCGUGGCGGACUGCACGGCUGUGUGCUGUGACCUGGCCCGCUGUGACCUGGCCUGGUGGUUUGAGGGCCGCUGCUACCUGGUGAGCUGCCUGCACCCCGAGAGCUGCGAGCCCAGGGAGGUGGGCUCCAUCCGGUCCUACCUCACCUUCAUGCGCAGGCCGGCCCGCGGGCCCUCGCAGCUGCUCUGCUACAGGGAGAUGGUGCUCCGCGGGAAGUCCCCCUCGGGACUCGGGGGGGACUUGCCUGAGGGUCUCAGAAAGGACUUGUCUCCUCUGGGCCCCGCUCUCCGCCUGAGAAGGGCAUCGGAGUACCCAGAUGACUACAGGGACCCUGAGCAAGACUUCUUCCAUCCCCUCAGCCAGCAGGAGCCCAGAGGCAGUGCCGAGUACACCGAGUACACCAACUGGGGCCUGUUCCCGGGCAGCCCCUCCGCUGGAGACGGCCUGCCCUGGGCCGCCGAGGAGCAGGAGGUCCCUGAGUGGGGCCCAGAGGAGACGUCGGAGUACUCCGAUGACUACAGGGACCCUGAGCAGUACUCCUUCCAGCCCCUCAGCCAGCAGGAGCCCAGAGGCAGUGCCGAGUACGCCGACUGGGGCCCGUUCCCCAGCAGCCCCUCUACUGGAGAUGGCCUGCCCGGGGCCGCCGAGGAGCAGGAAGAUCCUGUGCUCCGUCUGCUGAAUGGGUCAGCACGGACCCCAGCCCCAAAACGGUCCUCAGAGAGCAGGACGUCGCCGCCCUGGGUGACAGCUCCACCUUCCAGAGAGGCCUUGGGAAAGGAGACUGUUCUGCUCCAGGACGCACCCAGCAGUGGCUCUGGAGAAGAGGUUCUAAUGCCUUCCUGUCAUCCUUCUCCAGCCAGACUGGAGUUCAGCCCAGCCUCCACAGAGGAGAGCCCACUUUUCACAGUCCCCACAAGGAGCCCGGAUCAUGGCGUCCCAACCCGUCCCGCUAGCCUCAUCCCUGCUGAGCCCUCCCCGUCAGAGCAAUCUGAAUCUCUGACCACUGCUCCCCGGACAGUGAAAGAACUCUCGGUGUGGGCCGGCGAGAAUCGAAUCGUGACUUUGCCGGAGCACGAGGUGGACCUGAAGGCUUCUGUCGUGCCCGCGCCGCCUGCAGAAACCACCUACAGCUAUGAAUGGAGUUUAGUAAGCCACCCUGGAGACUACCAAGAUGAAAUAAAAGAAAGACACACGCAAACUCUUAAUCUUUCUCACCUGUCGGCAGGACUUUAUGCCUUCAAAGUAGCAGUUUCUAGUGACAGUGCCUUUGGAGAAGGAUUUGUCAGUGUCACCGUUAAGCCAGCCAGAAGAGUCAACCUGCCCCCUACCGCGGUGGUGUCUCCCAAGACGCAAGCGCUCACCCUGCCUCUGACGUCAGCCUUCAUCGACGGCAGCCAAAGUACAGAUGACACUAAAAUCGUGAGUUAUCGCUGGGAAGAAAUUAGUGGCCCCUCCUGAGAGGAGAAGACCCCAGCUGACUCCCCUGUCCUCCGUCUGUCUAACCUCAUCCCCGGAAACUACACUUUCAGACUGACUGUUACAGACUCGGAUGGAGCCACUAACUCCACAAGUGCAGCCCUCAUAGUCAACAGUGCUGUGGACCAUCCUCCAGUUGCUAAUGCAGGACCAGAUCAGACCAUAACUUUGCCCCAAAACUUCAUCACUUUGAAUGGAAACCAGAGCAGUGACGAUCACCAGAUUGUCCUCUAUGAGUGGUCCCUGGGUCCAGGGAGUGAGAGCAAAGAGGUGGCCAUGCAGGGCGUCAAGACACCAUACCUUCACUUGUCUGCCCUGCAGGAAGGAGACUAUACAUUCCAGCUGACGGUGACGGAUUCUGCAAAGCAGCAGUCCAUGGCUGUGGUCGCUGUGACCGUCCAGCCCGAAAGCAACAGACCUCCGGUGGCUGUGCCUGGCCCCGACAAGGAGCUGAUAUUCUCGGUGGAGAGCACCACGCUGGAUGGUAGCAGGAGUACAGAUGACCAGGGCAUCGCCCUCUCCCACUGGGAGCACGUCAGCGGCCACGGCGCCGGGCAGGUGGACGGUCGCGAUGGGGUCAUAGCCGCCGCGCAGGCGCUCCGGGCGGGUGCCCACCGCUCCCGUGUGACCGUGACGGACCCCCAGGGGCUGAGCGGCACGAGCACCUUCACCGUGGCCGUGAGGAAGGCAAGCAACAGCCCUCCCAGAGCUCACGCUGGUGGCCACCGUGUGCGUGUGCUGCCCAGUAACGACAUUACCUUGGAUGGUUCGAGGUCUACCGACGACCAGGGAGUUGUGUCCUACCUGUGGGUCCGGGACGGCCAGAGCCCAGCCGCUGGGGAUGUCAUUGGUGGCUCCGACCGCAGCGCGGCCCUACAGCUCACCAGUCUGAUGGAGGGCGUCUACACGUUCCGCUUGCAAGUCGUUGACGGUCAAGGGGCCUUGGACACGGACACAGCCACCGUGGAAGUGCGGCCAGACCCCAGGAAGAGUGUGCUGGUGGAGCUGAUCCUGCAGGUGGGCGUGGGCCGGCUGACCGAGCAGCAGCAGGACACCCUCGUGAGGCGGCUGGCGGCCCUGCUGAACGUGCUGGACUCAGAUGUUAAGGUUCAGAAGAUCCAGGCCCACUCAGACCUCAGCACCGUCAUUGUGUUUUAUGUCCAGAGUGGGCCGCCUUUCAAGGUUCUCAAAGCUGCUGACGUGGUCCGAAAUUUGCGCAGACGGCUCUCAAAAGAGAAGGCUGAUUUCUUGCUUUUUAAAGUUCUGAGGAUCGACACAGCAGGCUGCCUUCUGCGGUGCUCAGGCCACAGCCACUGUGACUCCUUCACGAAGCGCUGCAUGUGCUCCCAGCUGUGGAUGGAGAACCUACUCCAGGAUGGGGAGAGCAACUGCGAGUGGAGUGUGUUCUACGUGGCAGCGUUGGCUCUCACAGUCCUCGGGCUGACGGGGGGCAUGCCCUGGCUUUGCCUCUACUGCAGGAGAUGAAAAAGGACUAAAAUAAGAAAGAAAACCAAGUAUACCAUCCUGGACAGCGUGGACGAGCAGGAGAGAAUGGAGCUGAGGCCCAAGCGCGGUAUUAAACACCGAAGCACGGAGCACAACUCCAGCCUGAUGGUGUCCGAGCUGGAGUUUGACAGUGAUCAGGACACCAUCUUCAGCAGAGAAAGGAUGGAGAGAGGGAAUCCAAAGGUUUCCGUGAUUGGGUCCCUCAGAAAUGGCGCUCCCUUCAGCUAUUGCUCAAAGGACAGAUAAGGAAGCAGCUGUAAACUCAAAGGUUACCCACAGGAAUCCCUGAAUCCAGGACUGGUGAAUGGGAGUUAACACACAGAGCUGACUCCCGUGAGAAUUGUGCAUUAAGGUCCUGGAUGUGUGUCCCUGUGUUUAAAAGAUCUGUUUUCUUGGAGCAUUUGAGAUAUGAAACAAAACAUUAACGUUGCUCUUUUAGCAGAGAUGCUUGCUGAUAGGGAUACAGUUUGGGUGAGAUACGAGGUAUGUACUUAAAAGAGUUUGUGCUUUGUAGCUGGCACAGUGUUUAUAUUACCUUUGUGAAAGUAAGGAUGGACACCUGCGUCUAUCUGCAGACCUCUAGAUAAGUUAAACACAUUUAGAGAGGGUUCAUUUCUCUUGGGAGCUGUGAUCGCCUUCAAGGACGACUUUCCAGACAUGGUUUCUGUGGUCGGGCCCCCACAGUCCCAAGGCUGCUGUGUCCGUUAACAAUAGCUUAUUGGAGGUGUGGGUUGUCUUCUGUGUAGCAAGUUUUCUGUGCUGACCGAGACAUCCGAACAGAAUAGAAACCCCCAGGACCUUUAUUCUUGGCUAUGGCCAACCACUGUUUCUGUGUCCUCUGUGGACAGCAGCUCCUGGGAAUCCGAGAGCUGAAUGAGAAUCACAGGACGAGGACCAGAGGCACAGAAAGGGAUGUGGGGGCUUAAUGACCUGUAGGUUGAAAGUGGAAGGUUGCAUGGCAACAUUCUUUACCUUUUCUUUUUUCUAGACAAAAAAACUACCCUGAAGCCUCUCCUAGCCCCAGUGUACAUUAGACAUGAUAAAAGUGAUUAUUAACUGUUGGAGCAUUUAUUGAGUAUGUCCACAGGCCGUUCAUUUGGAUUGCCAUAGAUGGGAAUAAUGACUCAGCAAAUUUGUACAUAGUCUCAGAAUCAGAAAUAUAGUCUGUCUUAAUUAGGAUGGUAUGUUCAUGAUCAUUGGCCUACAGGUUCUUUCCGUGGUAACAAAUUGACAUAGACAUUCACUUCAUAUGUUUAAAAAAUACAUUAAACUUUUUUUUAACCAAAUCUUAUUUGAAAUGUAUGGGGGGAAAAACCAUCCCCAAUCACAGAACGCCACAGAGCAGUGACCUGGGGUGAACCGUAGCCUACGGAGGUGGCUGGCUCAUAGUGGUUCUCUACCCAGCCUUAAGGUGGGUUCUCUCCCCAGCCAAGAUGGGCGGCCCGGGAGGGGCCCAUUGGCAUUCUCUGGAGAGAUUAGAGGAGAGGUGGGGCCCAUCACAGAUCUGAACCCGUGUUGUGGCCUCAGGCGGGAACACACCUGAGGAGUAUCCUGGUGCACAAGUUUCUGUGAAACUGGGAUGGCUUUACCACGAUUAAGAGGAAAGGCAAGAGGAUUAAACGACCUGCGUUAAACCAUCAGGGUGGGAACAAACGAGAAGAUAGUUCCUGUGGGUCCCUGAACGAAGUGAAGCUUGCAAAUGCUUUGGUUCUCUCUGGUCGUAUUUAUCCUAGUGAGAUCAUCUUGUUUGCAGUUUUGUACUUUCUGGUGAACGGCAGAACUAAACAGUGUGUAAAACUGUUUUAUUUAAAAAAAUAACUCCUUUGCUUAGGUUUCCUCUUUCCGCAUUGUUAGUUCAGUCUGCUGACUGGGAUGGGUGAUGUUUUUUUACACCAGAAUUUAUCUUCAUAAACUUAGUAUCUGGAGUGCCUCGUGAGCAGAGUUGGGGUUUUGUGCACCACCAGGACUUUGUGGCCUCAAGGACUGCAGAAGAGGAGGGGGAUGGAGUGUAGUGGUGAAGGGGGGGCGAGCGUGUGCUCAGUGUUUAUGUGAGGAAUUCACGUACUAGAGAUGCCCAGCGGGUCCUCACAGUCAGCCUUGGAAAGUAGAUGUGAUUAUUCUCAUGUUGCAGGGAAUGACCUGGAGUCCCAGAGAGGUUAAGUACCUUGUGCAAGUUCAGGUCUGGGAACCGAAUGCAGGUUUUCUAAGCUGUCAAGCCCCUGCUUUUCACCCUCCUCCCUGACUACACAAGGACCUCCCGCCCUCAGCUGGUGGACAGCAAAUUCUGGCAGGCCUUUUGGACCAUUUGUUCUAGGACCCAGAGGACUUCCUUCAGACAGUGGAGAACACAGGACACAGAGAAGCCUCCCUCGUCCCUCCUGCGGAAUCACGCCCUGAGCCGUGGCUCUGGGUUGCCGAGUGCCGCUUCUGCCUCCCCUGGCCUCGCUUCCCGCACAGGCGCACGCGGACCUCAGGGGCACAGGAGCCGUCUGCCCUCCCGUGGUGCAUCCCCAGGGCCAGCGGGCGGGGAAGGUUCUCCAUCACUUGGAAGGAGAGG